AAAAUGUUCCUCAAUCUAAACAAAAAUGUUUGCAAGUACCAGAUUAAAAGACUGCUAGGGGUUUCAUAUGGGCUACAUUAACUUUUCGUCCGGCGACCAAUCCGCCGGAGAGCCUCUGCCGAACGUGGAAGUCGGCUCGUGCUGUAAGUUGUUGACGUCAAAGCUCAAGGCAAAUAUAAAACUGGAUAAAAGUGCAACUGUUGCUGCAAUGGAGGUGUCAAAGGCAGUGCUUCACUGUUAGUGACCAGAAUUUGGCCUAUAUUUGACCCGUAUAUUUCAGCAGAAAAUGCCCAGAUUUUUCUCCUUUUGCAUGUAGUAAGAUUAUAUAGAAGGGACAGUUUGAUUUGAUUUGGAUGGAACUAAUUCUAUAUGAACCUUUGUCCCUCUUAUCGAGCUGUUAAACUACCAAAAUCUUAUCAAAUUGUUAAGCCAUAAACCUUCAACCACCUCUUUUUCUUUCAAACUGUCUGGGUUUUUGUUUUAUUUGUCACUUCCCCAUUCCCUCCAUCUUUUCUCUUCUUCCAUUCGCAUUGAUCUCAAUCUCUAGUUGAGGCAUGCUUCAUUUUCUUUAUAUUUCCCUUUAAUUUUGCUUAUUUUACCUUUAAUGCAUCCAUUGUAAUGCAUAUUAAAUUUCUCCCCUUCUAGUCCUGUUGUAUUUUGUUUUCAAUGGCGAGAGGCCCUGCGAGAAAACUCCUGUUUAAUCUCUGUCCAUUUUCCGAGAAAAACUUUUAUAGGGCCAGAAUAUUCAAAUUUUCAACUCGUUACAUCUAUUCCUACCCUCCAGAGUCAAAUAACUUUCAUGAUUACCCCUCCUGCCAACCCAGAUCACUUUACUCGCAUCUGUUCUUCCAGACCCACUUCCCCCAAUUCAUGAAGUUCAGGUAUUUAAGUCUAAGCAAAUGCCCAUAUUCGACCCAGGUUGAAAAUGGCGGUUCUUGUUCUGCCACAUUAGAAGCCUUGGAGGGUCCACCUUGUAAUUGGGAGACCGAAAAAAAGAAGAUAGCGUCUGAAAAGGGGUUUGAGUUGUCUUCCCGUGACCCAGUAGAGAUAUACCAAGAGCUAAAGGAUUCUACGAAGAGCUUCAAGAAAACCAGAUCGGAUUGGGAUGCAUGCAAUGAGAUUUUCAGGAGCUUUGCGAAAUCCGGAUGGGCAUCGAAUCAGGCAUUGGCUAUUUUUAUCGGUGCUUCAUUUUUCCCCACUGCAGUUCUUAAAUUCAGUACUUUCUUCUACAAGAACUCUAAGACCGAUGUCUUUAAAUAUUUAGUAUCCCUCGGCCCUUCGUAUGAAGCCGAAAAAUUCUUAUUUCCAAUAUUUGUUGAGUUCUGCUUUGAGCAAUUCCCCGAUGAAAUCAGAAGAUUUAGGUCUAUGGUUGAGUCAGCAGAUUUAACAAAACCACACACUUGGUUCCCAUUCGCCAGGGCAAUGAAACGCAAGAUCAUAUAUCAUUGUGGACCCACCAAUAGUGGCAAAACAUAUAACGCUUUACAGAGGUUCAUGGAAGCAAAAAAGGGAAUCUACUGCAGUCCGCUGCGGUUGUUAGCUAUGGAAGUUUUUGAUAAAGUCAACUCUCUAGGUGUUUAUUGUAGCCUUCUUACCGGUCAAGAGAUGAAAUCUGUGCCGUUCUCUAACCACGUUGCGUGUACUGUCGAGAUGGUUUCUACAGAUGAGUUAUAUGAUGUGGCAGUUGUUGAUGAGAUUCAAAUGAUGGCUGAUUCUUGUAGAGGGUAUGCAUGGACAAGAGCUUUGCUUGGACUAAAGGCUGAUGAGAUACAUUUGUGUGGCGAUCCAAGUGUUUUGAGUAUCGUUAGAAGAAUCUGUUCUGAAACUGGGGAUGAACUGGUGGAGAAAAAUUAUGAACGGUUCAAACCAUUAGUGGUUGAAGCUAAAACCCUUCUUGGUGAUUUAAAGAAUGUGAAGUCCGGGGAUUGUGUGGUUGCUUUUUCAAGGAGAGAAAUAUUUGAAGUUAAGUUGGUAAUUGAGAAGUUCACGAAACACCGCUGUUGUAUUAUAUAUGGAGCAUUGCCCCCCGAGACUCGGCGGCAUCAGGCGACUUUGUUUAAUGAUCCGAAUACCGAGUAUGAUGUUUUGGUAGCUAGUGAUGCGGUGGGAAUGGGAUUGAAUCUGAAUAUAAGAAGGGUUGUUUUUUAUAAUUUGUCAAAAUAUAAUGGGGACAAAAUUGUCCCUGUUCCGGCAUCACAGGUGAAACAGAUUGCUGGAAGAGCAGGCCGAAGGGGAAGCCGGUUUCCAGAAGGACUCACAACCACUUUGCAUCUUGAGGAUUUGGAGUAUUUGAUUGAAUGUUUAAAGAAACCUUUUGACGAAGUUAAGAAAGUCGGCCUAUUUCCUUUCUUUGAACAGGUUGAACUGUUUGCCGGGCAGCUUCCAAACGCCACUUUUUCAGAACUUCUGGAAAAAUUUGGAGCCAAUUGCCGGUUAGAUGAUUCUUAUUUCAUGUGUAACCAUAGCCACAUAAAGAAAAUAGCUAAUAUGCUGGAAAAAGUCUCUGGAUUGUCUCUAGAAGACCGUUUCAACUUCUGUUUCGCGCCUGUUAACAUCAGAGACCCGAAAGCAAUGUACCAUUUGUUAAGGUUUGCAUCUUCAUAUGGGCAGAGCUUGCCCGUAAACAUAGCAAUGGGAAUGCCCAAGUGUUCUGCUCGAAAUGAUUCUGAGCUUUUAGAUCUGGAGACGAGACAUCAAGUGCUGUCUACUUACAUGUGGUUGUCCAAUCACUUUAAGAAAGGGAUGUUUCCAUACUUUCAAAAGGCAGAGGCGAUGGCUGCGGGUGUAGCGGAGUUAUUAGGGGAGUCUCUGACCAAGGCGUGCUGGAAGCCCGAAUCAAGAACAGUUGGAAAACCUAGGGUGCUCAAAGAUACCUAUAAUAAUAGGUUUCGCUCUUUAGGUGUAGAAGAAAAAGGUCACAAAGAAGGGAAGAUUGAUGUUAUGGGAUGUUAGAGCCUUAGGGGUGUAUCGAAUGAAGAAGUAUUUGUUGUUUUAAAGGCGAAUAUAAAACUGGAUAAAAGUGCUGCAACGAAAUUGUCAAAGGCCGUACUUCACUGAUAGUGAUGAACCAACAAGAAUAUUAAGACAUAAAAUUAAAGGCGGAAAGAGAGUUGUAUAUAUGAUAAGAACUGGAUGAGUGUUGCUAGAAAUUUGCAUCGCCAUUAAGCAGAUGAAGCGGAUGGAUUUGUACGUGCAGCAGAAGGCAAAGUGAAUUCAUGUCUUUGAGUGUUUACUUUUCUGGAUGAUGGGAAGUAGCUGAUUCUAUACAUUAGGGUCUUUAGUUAAUGGAAUAUUGUGUAAUAGUAGGUUUUCAUGGCUUGAUAGUCAAAGCUACAUGUUUCGAUCAACUUUCACAAUGACUAGAGCACAUACAUCUGUAACAAAUCAAGAAUAACGAGCAUGAAAACAAAUGAUUCUAUGAUUUUUCUUGGAUUAAUUGUGUAGCGAACUAUAAAUGAAACUGAUCCUCAUCUGGAAGGACCCAGUGGGUCAAACAUACAACAAAAAGAUGAGAACUGAUUGGGAUGUUCUAACAGUAAAGUUCAAGUUGCUAAUUUGAGAUGA